AUGGAACUGUCCGGAGUGUGUCGGCAGCAGCGGCGUGUGCGGAGCCAGCGCGGCCCUCCCGUGGCUGGCGGGCGAGCCUCGACUCCGCACCGUGGCCCCCAGCCGAAUCCGGCCGGGCGGUCGUGCGGCUCGGCUGCUGGUCAAACACGUGAGGCGACUGUGGCCAUGGCUGGAGCAGUAGAUAAAACGAUGCCCUGGUCACAGGUAGAUGGGCAGCAAGGUGUGGGGCGUACACUGUCGGGCAACGUGCUGUACCUGACGGUGGUCGGGCUGUCGCCGAGCGUGCGUGGAGCACCCUAUCUGCUGUACGCGGCGCUGGUGCAGCUGUGCGCCGCCGUUUAUGUGGCCGUCGGUCUGUUCAGCAUUCACACCGCCCGAGGGGACGUGGACGCCAUUUCGCACACGCUGAUGCACAUACUCGAAGACGUCUCCGGUAUGACCAAGGCGGGGCUCUUCUUUCGCAAGAGGCAGUCCUUUUACCAGUUGGUGCGAGACCUGGAUCUGAUGGUGUCCGAGGACUGGGACCGUCCCGAACUGGUGUCUGCACGGCGCUGGGCCCGCUGGAUGACCGUGUCACUGAGUGUCUACAUCUAUGCCGUCAUCCUUCUGUGGCUGCCGGCGCCGCUGCUGGCCGGCGGCGACCAGAAGCUGCUGCCCGUGGUGCAGAUCGAGGGAGUGGACUGGUCGCAGUGGCCCGGCGCGUACGCCGCUCUCUACACUCUGCAGUGCGCUGUGCUCCUCACCCAGGUGCCUGUCGUUAUCGGCCUCGACUGCUUCUUCGUGGCGGCCAUGCUGCACGUGGGAGCCCUGCUGCAGCUGCUGGGGCAGCGCAUCUCUGGACUGCGGCUCUCUGGUGACGGUGCUGUGGAUCUGGCCGGUGACAGGGGACACUCGACGCGGCAGAUGCUGUAUUCGGAGCUCUGUUCCUGUAUCAGAAGCCACCAGAAAAUCACGAAGUUCCUGCGUGAUCUGGAGGCCGCCAUGAGCACCAUGGUGCUGGUGCAACUCUCCACCACCAUGGUCGGCCUGUGCAUGACUCUCUACCAGCAGAUACAGCAGGGUGAGGCGCUGUCUUUGGCGGCGUACAGCAGCCACUGGGUGGGCGCCGGCGCCGCCUUCCAGAGGGCGCUGUCCAUCGUGAUGGCGCGCGCUCAUAAGCCACUGCUGAUGACGGCGGGACACCUCUACCCCGUCAACACGGCGGCCUUCGUAGCGCUGGUGAAGGCUUCCUACUCGUACUACACGCUGCUGAGACAACUGGACGGCGACUGA